AAACACUCGGGACCUGUCCGGCGCCUGGAGCCGGACGCGUUACGCGCUGCUUUGGGCCCCGUCCUUCCGCCUCUAAAGCCCUGGGAGGAGCAGAGGAACAGCUACCGCCCUGCGGAACGGCCUUCCACCCGCAGCCGCCCGGAGCAGGCCGGCCGCGCUGCCCCGCGGCGCGGGGGCACCGCGUCUGAAUGUAGCAGCGGUUCCAAGCAGAACUGUGAAUCCUGUCACUGCUCCAUCAGAACUCCCGGACAGCCUGGUUCCCCUCGCUUCUACCUGGGGGACGGGACAGGGGAAGGGAUAAGGAGCCACCAACCAGAUCGUGGCUCCCUAAGUGUGGCCUGGUGACCAGAGUGUGAUCAUGGCAGCUAAGGCUUGUAGCCCCUCUGAAGGAGCCCUUCUGUCUUCAUCAGCAGGCUUAGUCCUUACUCACUUGAAUGGCUCUGAUACGCUAAGCAGAUCCUUCCCCUGGGGCAACAAAAGCAGGAGAAGUCGUCUCUUUGGGCUCUGUCAGCUUGGAGCAUCACUGCCUGGGGAGAAGUGGAGCUCUUACUGUUUGUCUUCUCUGACAGCUCGUAACAUUUGUGCCAGCAAAACUGGUAACCCAUGGGCUCAGUGGGAUCCUGCCUCUCUCUCUGCUUCCAUUGGAAGUUCUUGCUCCUUUUUGCACACCCCAGCUGUGGAGGAAUCCAGCCAGUACCUCCCAGCUGCUGCACGCAACCCAAACCAAGCCAUCUUCACUGUGGAUGCCAGCACAACAGAGAUCCUAGUGGCCAAUGACCAAGCUUGCAAGUUGCUUGGGUGCAGUAGUCAGGAGCUCAUUGGUCAAAAGCUGUCUCACUUGAUAUCCAAAUCUGGCCAAGAGGCCUGGGAAGCAGUGGGUGAGGAGUACCUAGAAACUUCUGAAUGUUCAUUGGUGGCUUCAGGAGCUGUGGUGGAUGUUAUUGGCCACCUCAGUGAGAAGAUCCCUGUCUCAGUCUGGUUGAGGCAAAUAAGAAGCAAGGACACGCAGCGUUGUGUGGUCGUGCUGGAACCAGUGGAGAGACUUUCAGCUCGUGUUUCCUUCACGGCUGAUGGAAAAAUUACAUCAUGUGAUCUCCUUUAUGCCCAACUCCAUGGCUACCCAACAUUGGAAGCAGUAGUUGGACUCCACAUAAAGGACCUGAUUCCUUCUUUACAGAUCCCUCCUCUAGGCAAAAAAAUCCCAAAGAACCUCAGGAUCCAGCGAGCUGCAGGCCGAUGCAGAGAGGGCACCAUGUUUCCUCUCAGUUUAAAGCUGGAAGUCAGCCAUCUGGAGGAGGAGCCAGCAGCAGUGCAGAAAGAUGAGAUUCCACAGACAGAAGGCUCUCUCCCAGGCUAUCAGUACUCUGCUACAGUUGUGGUUUUCUCCACCAUCAGUGGUCUUAUUGCUCUCCAGUCAGAUGGAACCAUCUGUGGCAUCACGGAUAGUUUUGCUUUAAUGCUCUUUGGCUAUGAGAAGAAAGAUCUGUUGGGAAAGAACAUUACAUUCCUGAUCCCUGGUUUCUAUAACAACAUGGAAAGAAGCAGUGGCUGUUCUUUGCCUUUACCUCCUCUGGAUGAUCCCACAGGGACAGAAGAGAGCAGUUUCUUGGCUGCAUCUUCAGCACACCUUCUGUCAAGAGAUGAAGAGCAGGAAUUGGAGCAACAACACAAAGAUGACAAAUUAAUACAUGAUGAGAAUAAACAAAAUAGUGGGAAGAAUGGGACCAAUUUCUUUUCUCCUCUCUCACCUCCUGAAGCAGCAUCCACCCCCAAUAAUAGACUAGAAGACAAUCUAAAUGCAGCAUCCUGUGACCCAGUGAAGCUGCCUUCUGAAGCCACUUGUAACUCACCUGGAACACCAACAGUGGAUGAGCCAUGGCCUGGGACAGCUCUGAACUGCAGACAAGACUCGAAAAGCCACAUGGUUCCAGGGCAGGUGUCAAAAACAAACUCAAUAUGUGAUGCAAAACAUUCCAGCCUCGAGCAUAUUGUUGUUGACAACUGCCUGCUAAAUGAUCCUUCAAUCUCCUUUGCACAUGAAAGAAGCAGUGUCUGUGAUGUUUGCUCAGGAAAUAAAACAGGCUGCAGUGCUUCUGCACCAGGAGCUGCCACAGCCUCUGAAAAUGUGAAAGAAUCUGAACUGAACUGGAUCUGCUCUGGUCUUGAGGUACUGGGACUGAAUGCUGGUGUCAAGGGGAACUCAGACGAUUCUUUAGGUGUUACUGCAGCUCUUGGAGGAGGAUGUUGCUCUGAUGCAGUGGACUCCAGUGUGCUAAUUGAGACCAACGGUGCCUUUUCCACUCAUCAAGGAAAGCAGCUGCUGAGUGGUGUUGCCACAGAAGCUGAUUCUGGAUGGCUGGCCUCCAGAAGGCAUUUACAAAACUCUGAGGAAUCCUCCAAAGCAUUUCCUGAGAAACCUGAAGCCAUUGUAGAAACUGUGGGAGACAACUCCAGCAGAAAUCCCCUGAAAAGUAAAGGUAGGCCUGAAGAACACUGUCAGUUCCUCAGGCAGCAAAACAUGAAGAUCAAAGUAACUUCCACCCCAGUGAAACAAGAGGGCAGGCUAAAUCCAGCAGCUGCUUUGACCUGGGAGAUUCUGGAAGGCAGCUACAUUGGGAAUUGCUGUCACAGAGAUGGUUCACAAUUCAGCAUCCUCUUCGAGGUGAAAUGUGCAGAGCUGCAGGAUCCCACUGUGCUUUUCUGUGUCUGGGUGGUGAAAGACAUUUCACAGAGCCAAAAGGAAGCUGUUGCAAAGACUCAGCAUUUGCUUGCCAGCCUGGCAAACUCUUCCCAGUCUGUUGCUGAUCUCUCUACUAAAAGUCUUGGAGAAGCCAUCAGAUCAGCUUCACUUUUCAACAAUUCCCCAAGAGCUGAAGAUCUUGAAGGAUUAAGAGCAUGUGAGGGAGAAUAUGCAAAAAAUUACAGCACCCUCAAUCUUAUUGGCAAAGGUGCUUUUGGCUUUGUCUGGAGUGCCAGGAGCAAGAAAGAUCACCAGGAGGUUGUUGUGAAGUUCAUCUGGAAGGAGAGGGUGCUGGAGGACUGCUGGGUAGAUGAUCCUGACCUGGGGAGGGUCACUCAAGAAAUUGCAAUCCUGCAGAAGCUGCAGCACCCCAGUAUCAUUAAGGUGCUGGAUGUAUUUGAAAAUGAAUGCUUCUUCCAACUGGUGAUGGAGAAGCAUGGAUCUGGUCUGGACCUCUUUACAUUUAUUGAUAAUCAGCCCAACUUGGAUGAGCCAUUAGCAAGUUAUAUAUUCAGACAGCUUGUAUCAGCUGUUGGGUAUCUCCACUGUAGGAACAUCCUUCACAGAGAUAUCAAGGAUGAAAAUAUUGUCAUUGCUGAAGAUUUCACAAUUAAAUUAGUGGAUUUUGGUUCGGCUGCCUACCUGGAACCUGGGAAAUUAUUUUAUACCUUCUGUGGGACAAUUGAAUACUGCUCACCAGAAGUGCUGUCUGGCAAACCGUACCACGGCCCUGAGCUGGAGAUGUGGUCACUUGGCAUCACCCUUUACACCCUGGUGCUUGGGGAGAAUCCCUUCUGUGAGCUGGAGGAGGCCUUGGCAGCUGUCCUGAGUCCUCCUCGCCCUGUGUCAGAAGGUCUCAUGGAUCUGAUGGCCGGGCUCCUGCACCCCGUUCCGGAGCAGCGCGUGACUCUGGCCAUGCUGGCAGAGGAUCCUUGGCUGUGCCAGCCUGUGAACCUGGCAGAUUAUACCUGGGAGGAGGUGUUUGUCCCUGCUGAGCCAGCUGGCACCUCGCUCUGAAGGCUUCUUCAGCUAGGGACGACUUAGAACUAAGUAUGAGCUCUGUUAGCAGGACAGGUCCCGUUGGAAGGUUACCUGCUGACACCCACAUAUACUCAGUUUAUUACUGUUCUUACCCAGGACAUGUUUCAAAGAUGUGAGGGGAAGAUUUUCAUGUUUAAGUUGCUCAUAACUUGGAAAAUAUUUUUAUUGCCUGGUUUUACUUUUAUAUGUAGCUUAUAUAUUUUUAUGAAAAGUGAAUUAAUAAAUGAAUGAUAAUAUUGCUGUUA